CACUCAGUGUCUUUGCGUCGGUCUCUUUGUUAAUAUCGUGAAUUCGGAGUAACGUGUCAACUUAUCGACGUUGCGUUGUAUGCCGGCUUAUUGACAACGUGUGUGCGCGAAUAUUUUCUUGUUUAUAACCAACCACCAACAAAAAGCACACAGACGUUCCCUCAGGCACCAAAUAACUCGUCAACAAGACACAACUACUGAUAAAUAAAUCACAAUUCUAUUAGCAAGUGGUUGCGAAGACGGAUUUCUUGCAUUGACAUUACCGUGGCGGCGUAUUAAAAUAUUAAAGAGAAAGCCAAAUAUUAUUUAUAAAAUAUAAAACCAAGCAAAAAAUGGUUAUGGAAAAAUAAAUGAGGAUUAGAACCAUUUGUGUUGAAUAAAGUGUUGUUAAAAAAAAAAUAAUUAAAAAAGAAAAAUAAAUUAUCCAAAAAACAAAACCUCUAACAAUGACGGAACGUUAUGGCAACGGUGUAACAACCGAUCUGGUAGAGUUACCAAAUCGCCGAGUAUCACAGGAGAAAAAUGGCAGUGCCAGCGAAGAACAUCCUCUGUCACAGCAGGCGGAUGGCGAUGAGGGUGGUGAUAAAAUUGUACUUAAACGCAAAUUGACCCUCAUGAAUGGUGUGGCUAUAAUUGUGGGUACAAUUAUCGGAUCGGGCAUAUUUAUAGCCCCUACUGGUGUCUUCAAAUAUACUGAAUCUGUUGGAAGUUCCCUGCUCAUCUGGUCAGCCUGCGGCAUUCUUUCGACCAUUGGCGCCCUAUGCUAUGCCGAGUUGGGUACAAGUAUAACCCGGUCUGGUGGCGAUUAUGCCUAUCUGCUGGUGGCAUUUGGUCCUUUGGUUGGAUUUUUACGUUUAUGGAUUGCAUUGCUCAUUAUUAGACCUACCACCCAGACAAUUGUCGCAUUGACAUUUGCCCAGUAUGCAGCCAAGCCGUUUUUCGAAGAUUGUGAACCGCCCGAUAAUGCCGUGAAACUUUUGGGUGCUGUCUGUUUGUGUCUCCUCACGGCCAUCAAUUGCCUGUCGGUGAAGUGGGCAAUGAAAGUUCAAGAUAUCUUUACGGCUGGCAAACUCUUGGCUUUGGCCUUAAUUAUUCUGGCCGGUGUCUAUCAAAUGGCCACGGGGCAAAUGGAGAACUUUGAAAAUAUGUGGGAAGGCAAUUAUGGUAUUGAAAAUAUUGGCUUUGCCUUCUAUUCGGGACUGUUUGCCUUUGGCGGCUGGAACUAUUUGAAUUUUGUUACCGAAGAACUGCAGGAUCCUUACAAAAAUCUCCCCCGAGCCAUUUGGAUUGCCAUGCCCCUGGUAACGGGCAUUUAUGUUCUCGUAAACCUGGCCUAUUUCGCCGUGGUAUCGAAAACCGAAAUGCUUAGCUCGCUAGCGGUGGCGGUAACAUUCGGCAACCGGAUGUUUGGUUCUUUGGCAUUUAUGGUUCCGAUUUUUGUUGCCUUGAGUACUUUCGGUGGUGUCAAUGGAGUAUUGUUUACAUCGGCACGCCUGUUUGCUACCGGUGCCCAAGAGGGUCACUUACCAAAAUUCUUUCAACUAUUUCACAUCAAACAGCAGACACCCAUACCUUCAUUGAUUUUUUCGUGUCUGAUGUCAUUGCUGAUGCUGCUGACGGCCGACGUUUAUGCCUUAAUCAAUUACUUUAGUUCGGUGUUGUGGUUAUCUGUGGUCGCCAGUAUAGCUGGCAUGUUGUGGUUACGGAAAACGAGACCCGAUAUACCCCGUCCAAUACGAGUCCACACAGCCUUGCCAAUCAUUUUCAUCAUAUGUUGCAUUGUCCUCGUACUAAUGCCCAGUUUUACGCAGCCAAUGAAUUUACUCGUGGGUUUGGCCAUAACCCUAGCCGGUGUGCCAUUCUAUUAUGUUUGUAUCGCCUGGAAGGAUAAACCCAAAUGCUAUGGACGUUUUUCUCACGGCAUUGUUAGGCUGUGUCGGGCUAUAUUUAAUACCACCAUCAUUGAGGGUAGUGAUAGUGUUACAAAAUAGAUGAUAAGAACUAUGGUGAAACAUAAAGUAUAUAAUAUUAUUAGAGAUGUAUGUAUUGCUAUGCCCUAAUUGAGACUAUCACCCUAUGUAUACAAAACAUAUUGUCAGUUAUAUUAAAUAUAAUUUUAGUUUAAUCAAUUUUUUACCCUCAACAUAAAUUUGUGAAUGCAGUGAAUCUCCACUUAAAUUUCAAAUGUUAGCUAGAAUUUUAUUUUGAAAAUGGCCCAUAUAAGUUGACUUUGUGACCUACCUUAUAUAGGCCAUUGAUUGAAUCUUAUUGUUUUCCAAAACGUUUAGCCCCCUUAAUCUCCACCCAAAUAUCCAAUAAAAACUGUAGUAUUAAGUUUUGCAUUUCUUUGUUUGUGUGUAUUGACCCCCCACCCAUGCCUAUUUAUAUAUAUCCAUUAUAUAUAUGUAUGUAUGUAUUUAUCUUAAAGAUAAUGUAAUGAAACACUUAAUAUCGUUAUAAAGAAAGUAUAUAUAUAUAUAUAUA